CUAACUGCUUGUUCAAAUGCUGGGAUCGACUACACCCCCUAUGCGCGGGAAGUUCGUCUCCGUGAGUUUGAUUCCGAACUUUGACUUGCCGAUUAGAAAGUGAGGCCACUUGUUCCGACUUCAUCGCUGGUUGAUUCUUCGUUGUUCGGAUCGCAGAAAAGGGAUCAGAAUUUAGAUUAGAUCAUCUAAUUUAUAGAUUGAAAUCGAAGAAAUUCUGGAUUUUUUUUUUUUACGUGAUCGCGAGAUAGAUCUCACCAGCUGAAAUUGUUAAAUCGUGAAAAAUGAAAAUUUUAGAAAAUAAAUAAUAAUAAGGAUAAUUAUGUUUUUUAAAUAUUUCAAAUUAAGCUCGUACGAAAACAUCAGAAUAUAGAACUGGUGGUAAAAUCAAUCUCAAGAUCAUGUUUUUAAAUAAAUGAAAGAGAGACGCAGUUAAAUUCAAACAGAAUAGGUUGAUCAAGAUUUGUAUGCGUUUUGAAGAAAAACAAGGUCAUCAACGCUCGUUAUUAUAUAUGUGUUCAACAAAUUCAAACCUAACCAAGAUAUGCAUUUGGAUAACAUACAGAAAGAAACAUAAAGAAUUAUAAUAUAGUUGUUCAUUAUAAUUCAAUUCUACUGCCUUUAUUUAUGUGCAACAUCAACGCCUAAUUGCUUAUAACAAUAAAAUAACUUGUUGUUAGCUGAUUUCGGGGGAAAAACUUUUUGUUAAAAAAGUUUUUGUGUUAACUGGACAAAUGAAGAUGACGGCUACCACAAAGCCUAGUGGUUUCAGUGUCAGAGACAUAUUGGAACUACCUGAGGUAAAGAAUGCUAAUCCUAGUAGUAGUCCUAAUCCUAGGACAAGUCCUGUUCCAAGAGCACUGGAUUUGUCUGAUGUGACGCUUCCAGCGUUGUGUUACAGCAGUUUUUGUCCUGACACUUCUUAUUCACGGUGGUUGGCAUCAGAAAUCAUUCCAGCCUAUGCAGCUUUACCUUUUGCACACAUGGGUCUUGAUCCUUGCCUAACAGGAGCCGAACCUGGAUUCCUCGCAAGCCAUGAACUCACUCGUAGCACUGAUGAGAGGGACGAAAUGGACGAAGAGGAUGAUCUUGAAGAUGAAGAAGAUGAAAUAGUUGAUGACGAUAGUGCUCUCGAGGACCUUCCGGUUGUGUCAAGCCCUGGUGCGGGGAUGCCUACGGGUGCCACCGGUGGGGUUUCCGUCAUCACUCGGCACCGAAGAGGGGAUGAUUCCGAUUCAGAUGAAGUCACUUCAUCGCAACAGCCAUCAACAAGUAUUUUGAACUGCAGUACUAAUAAUAACAAUAACACUAGUGGGUGUAAUAACAAUAAUACACCAACGAGUUCCACGUCUGGAGACGCUGGAAAUCCUCCUUUGAAAAAAAGAAAAAGAAGAGUUUUAUUUUCAAAAGCCCAAACAUAUGAACUAGAAAGAAGGUUUCGACAACAGAGGUACCUGUCAGCCCCAGAAAGAGAGCACUUGGCAAGUAUAAUCCGGUUAACGCCUACGCAAGUAAAAAUCUGGUUUCAGAACCACAGAUACAAAACUAAGCGAGCCAGACAGGAAAAAGGUCUGGAUGUGAACCCGUUACCUUCACCGCGGAGAGUAGCUGUUCCCGUUUUAGUUCGCGAUGGCAAACCAUGCCAACCAGCAAGUUCUGCUCUGAACAAGCAACAAGCUGAGGGUGGACAACGCAACUCAAAUCUGCCGUCAGAUUUGUCUUCGAUUACUUCAAUGACAAACAUGGCGGCCAUCACCAAUUCCUGCAUUGGCACUUUUAGUAUGUUACCUACUUAUUCACAUCCUUUAAUACAUCAGCACCGAUGGUGGUGAUGCUUAGAGAAAACAAAAAGACUAUUUAAAUCUAUUUAUCUAUUAGACUCAGAUCUAAUGUAACAGAGACAAUUUGCAUUGAACUAUUCAGACGUUUUGUUAUGUGAUCCCAUGACAAUUCAUUUAAGUGAACUGUUUUCUUUAGGGAAGCGAAAUUUAUUUAUUGAUACCGUUUUAUUUUCCCUAAAUUAAAUUGGCAAGUAAAUUGCCUUGAUCAAGGAAAAAAGUUUUUGGGUCAAAUGCAAAAGUUCUUAAUGUCUUUAAAAUGUUGAAUUAUGUUAUCUAGAUAUUUUAUACCAAGUGUUAAUUUAAACUUAAUUUGGAGUUCCUGUAUCUAAUGUAGUUAGAGAGUAACAACAAGGAAUAUUAAAACUGUCCAGAUAAAGGUUAUCUGGAUUUGGUUACCACA